CAUCACUGUGCCCGUCAAUAUGGCCGCUGUUUCCCCUGCAGCAGCUAGAUCCGAGCCCGGACAAUGGAAGAAGAACCUAUCGGCCCACGUCAUCUGCCCUGAAUGCAAAGAAGUCCCCCGAAUUUGGAGUUUCCAGGUUCACACGAAACGGUAUGCGGCUCAUGUGGCUUGGUGCUUGCCGAUCGGGAAAUCGAUAUGCACUCCGAAUGGAGAACUUUUUCAAACGAUGAUCAGAACAACGACGAUCCCUCUCGUGUUGGAGAUGCUACGAAUCCACUUCUCAACGGUGAUCAGCUGGAGACCCAAAUCGCUAGUGGCGGGUCUGGUCGUGUCCGUGACCUUUAUCGUGCUCAAAACAAACAGUCAAGUGAGAAGGCGAAUAAAUCUCUUCUGGCGGCCUACAAGGAGAUUGGCGCACUCUGCGAUGGUUUCAACAUCCAGAAGAAUGUGGCAGAUACAGCAAAGUAUCUUUUCAAGAUUGUGGACGACGCCAAGGCCUUCAAGGGCAAAUCUCAGGAUGUGAUCAUUGCGGGUUGUAUCUUCAUCGCUUGUCGCCAGUGCAAGGUUCCCCGUACCUUCACUGAAAUUUUUGCGGUUACCAAGGUCACGAGGAAGGAAAUUGGGCGUAUCUACAAGGCUCUGGAGAAGUUCUUCACCGCUCAAAACCUCGAGAGAAUCAACGCUGUGGUCUCCAGCGGAGGUGUUCCUGACCCCAACGACACAUAUACCGCGACCACUUCCACCAAGCCCAGCGAUCUGUGCAACCGUUUCUGUAACCUUCUUGAUCUGCCAUUCCAGGUCACCAGCGUGUCCUCUUCUCUUUCAGAUCGCGUGACAACGAUGGGUGAUUUGGCUGGGCGGUCUCCGCUGUCCAUUGUGGCAGCUUGCAUCUACAUGGCGUCGUACCUGAUGGGACAUGGCAAAACUGCCAAGGAGAUAUCUCAGGUAGCUCAUGUCAGCGAUGGAACGAUUCGCGGUGCUUACAAGCAGCUCUACGCUGAAAAAGAGCGCCUGAUCGAUCCCGAAUGGAUCAAAGAUGGGAAGGGUGAUCUGAAAAACCUGCCUGCUAGUUAAAUUCCCGGGUCUUCACUCAGUUGAUUGUCGACGC